UUCCGUUUGUUGGAGAGGCGGGGACGAGCACGUCGCAGGGACUACCAUCCAACACGUAUCUCCGAGUUCAGUGGUUCUCCCAAGAUGCACUUUUGGAAUAAUAUGUUAUAAGCUGUUAGAGUUUAGCUUCUUCUAAACGGUCCUGUCCAGAUGCUGGAACCACUGGACUGGUUUCCUUUGGUGCACUCAGCGCAGCAGUAAACUCCUCACAAGCUAAUGCUUCUCCCCUAUCCAUAAACCAGUGCUCUAUAGGUAUUCUUCAGGUUUUGUUGCUGCCAUUAAGCCACAAGAUCAUCUCCUACAGCACAAGGAAUUACAGAGAGUAACUCAGAUGGUAACCAACCGAUGAAUCAGCAACCACUGCCAGUAUACCUGCUAGCCAAGUGACAGACUAAUAUACUCCAGUGCUUUUUCACUAAAUGAAGUAUCAUGCCUGCAGUGGGGUGCUAUAUAUUGUAGUCAAUGGCAAUGUUUGCUCCAUGACUAGGAGUCAGCAAAGGACUAUACUUAAGAGGGUGGAAAUCUCUGAAGUGCCUAUUGAUGUGACAUUGCGUCUCCACCUCAAAGCAUUCAAAAACUGUUGUGCAUGCAAUGUGUAAACCCACAGCCAAUGCGAAGUUUGCUGCUAGCUUUGGGCUGCUCAUGUGUUCUGGUUGCCAUCUUUCUGCAGAUCUGGCUGAUCAACAAUUCAUUGUCAUUGGAGAACUUUUUGCACUUAGCAGGUAUGAUGUUCACUUUAAUAGGGGUUUCGUUCUUAUUUCCACUAUGGGAAUCUCGACGGCAUGACGUUCUGGUUGCUGUGUUGUCAGCUCGGCAGAACUAUGAGUUUCGUAAUGCAAUAAGGAAGUCGUGGCUUAAGCACUUGAAACAGCACCCACUUCUAAGCAAGCGUGUGCAGGUAAAAUUUAUAAUAGGUGCCAAAGGAUGUGAAAUUCCUGAAGAGGACAGAGAGGACCCCUACUCCUGCAAACUUCUCAACAUCACUUACUCAGAUACAGGCAAGGAAAUUGAAGCAGUUCACCUCCCUGAGGACUCAAGUGCAGUACUGUCAGAAGAUGCAAUCGUGAGCAUAAAUGUCCGUGUUCUUUACCCAGUCAUCAUUACUAGACUUGGGGUGUUCGGUGAUGGUCAUGAAUCAGGGCUGCAGAGAAAUGUUACUGUUAAGUUAUAUCAGUCUGAUCAAGAGGAGGCACUUUUCACAGCACGUUUUAGCCCAGUCAGCGCUGGCAUACUAGUAAAUGGGUUAUGGUACAAAGCAGUGGAACAGUUUAUUCUUCCCAAGGAUUUUGAAGGUACUGUUGUUUGGGAAAGCCAGGAUGCCAGAGGUUUGCUUACCAAAGAUUUAAAUGGUGUCGUAAUCAACGAUGGAGGAGGUGUUGUGACAAUUUCAAUUGAUGAAGAUGGAUCACUGCCCAAUGGAAAUGAGUAUGGAAAGCCAGCAGUAGCUGGAGGAUUUACUUACAUUGUCCACGACAGCGAUGCUCUUCUUCAACAUAUUAGCAGUAGUGAAACAAGGUUUGAAGAACACCUAGCAACACUGAAAAAAGAGGAUGCCUUACUUCAGGAGGAAAGUAUUCACAAUCAAGAUAUUGUGUUUGUGAAUGUUGUUGACACUUACAGAAACAUUCCUUCAAAGCUACUACAUUUUUACAAAUGGUCAGUAGAGCAUGAAGAAUUCAGUCUUUUGUUAAAGACGGAUGAUGAUUGUUAUAUUGACUUGGAGGCCAUACUGACAAGUGCCGAGCAGAAAAAUCUGGAAAGAACAAAUAUUUGGUGGGGAAAUUUCAGGUUAAACUGGGCAGUUGACCUUACAGGAAAGUGGCAGGAACGAGAAUAUCCAAGUCCUGUUUAUCCAGCCUUUGCUUGUGGAUCUGGCUAUAUUCUUUCUGGUGAUCUUAUUCAUUGGCUUGCCAACAGCUUUCAGAGACUGAAGGCCUACCAGGGGGAAGAUGUCAGUUUGGGUAUAUGGAUGGCUGCAGUUGGACCUCAGAAAUAUCAGGAUGCACGGUGGCUGUGUGAGAAAAACUGUGAAGUGGGCAUGCUGUCAUCUCCUCAGUAUUCCCCUGAAGAGCUGACAGAGCUCUGGAAAAGAAGGGAGACAUGUGGCAAUCCUUGUGGCUGUUGAAAAGGCUGUGAAUUUGAAUUCCAGUUUAUAGAAGAUAUGGAAGCACACAGACCCUUGAGAAAACUUGAACUGUACACAUUGACUCUGCUUUAUUGAAAUUGAACUGUAAACAUUUUACUGGGCUGCCAGCUGCUUAUAAUGUACAAUGUACUGUUUCUGCUGAAUGUGAGCUCUUUCCAGUUUAUAAUCCAGUAGAAAGUUCAUAUCUGUUCAGAUCACAUGCAUGUACAAGUAUCCACAUAAUUCAAAAACAAGUCAAAAAUGAAUUGAAGGAAUUUUUUCAAUGCUUUAAUGGGAAAUUAUAUCAGUUUCUGAGUACUGCAGGUAAAUCUAAAUAGCAAAAUAAUGGAAGAUCCGUCAGAGAAAAAUAAGUGACAAGAUAUCCAGAUGUUACUGAAAUCAUAUUUUCUAAUUAUUUGAAAAUGAAAUCAUAUUUUCUAGUUAUCUGGAAAUAAUACAAUGUCCACAGUCAAAGCAGUGUUUAUUCAUCUUUAGGAUCAUCUUGGGAGUUUAUUUUCUUAUGUACUCUGCUGUUUCCACUUGGUUGUGUCCUAUAACUUUAGGCUUUCUUAACUGCAGUUCUAUACCGGGCAAAAAUAAUGUAUCUGCAUCGUUUAUCAUAUGGCAUUUGCAUUUUAAGUAGUUUUAGAUAAUACAAAGAUGGUUUAAGGAGUCAAGUCAGUGCCUUUGCAGUUAAAAAAAAGAUUUUUACUGAUCUGAAUAGAGUUUGUACUUGUUCCCGUGUUGUGAAGAUUCAACAGGGUUGGAGAAAUAUGAAAAGUCACACAUCUGGAAAGAAAGCCCCCUCAGAGGAGUAGACACUGAGGGUGAGAUAUGGCUAAAAACAAUGCUGGAGAAGUGUUGGACAGUUUGCAUUAGAUGAAUUAAAGGUGUUAAGGAAAGCUUCAGUUAAUGAUGUGUAGAGGAAGAGGUUUGAUAGCUUGCUCAUCGGCUUCUUCGUUACUGCCAUCCUGGUGCAAGACGUCUGCCUGGGAAAGUGGCAAAGAUGUGUGGCCAGUUGCCCUCUCUUUUCUUGAUGGGGUCUUUGCAAGUUACCGUAGUGACAAACAACCUUCCCCCAUUUGGAGUCAGAAAGAAACUGCAAAGUUGAGUAGAACAUUCAUUUUGAAGAAUGCUUGUGCCUCUCAUACUAAAAUCAGUGUUUGCAACGUGCAGGGAGGAUGAAGCAUCAGCAGGUAAGGCAUAACAGAAUAACCUGAUCACUGUGACACCCUUAGGUCAUCUGCUGCCCAGUCUUCUUCCCGUUAGGGAGCAGAUAGGAGAGUAGGCAGUGAAUGGACUUAUUGGUUUUGAGGCUGGCGAAUAACCUGUUAAAAAGGUAUACAAGUAGAUACAAUACCAGUAGAAAACUAAGUAAAUCUGCUUCCAUUGUACAGGCAGUUGUAAGGCCAACUCUGGUGUAUUACUUGUGGUUUUGCAGGCUACUCUGUGAAGAUUUACAUUUGUAAAGGUUGUCCACAUGAUUACAAGUUCUGUAAAUUCUGCACCUAAAGAAAUACAAAGAAAUAUUAAAAUUAUUGCUAUGCAUACCUUUCAGAAAA